GAAAAUCUCUUUCCAGUUUUGCAGUAGGUUCCAUUCCACUAUAGUCAGAUCGGACCUCGUAUCUUUUCGAUUUGGUUCGAUUUUAUAUAUGCCAACUGAUCCCACGGUUGGCAUCAGUACCGCUCAAUCUCUCUCACACGAAGUAUCCUUCCUAGAAAACAGAAAGCACGAUUCUGGGAAUUAAUCUGAUACCAGGGAGUAACUAGGGUUCCAUGAGCCAAACAGCUCCUUAAGAGCAUUCUCAUACACGGAGCUAGUAAGGGAAUGGAAGAGGCACUACUAUUGUCAAGGAGGGAAGGGAGGGAAACAUGGGGUGCCUUCACGGAGGAGCUUAAAAGAGUGAGCUGCAUGGCAGCUCCCAUGGUGGUGGUUACAUUGUCACAGUUUCUUCUGCGGGUCGUAUCGGUGAUGAUGGUUGGACAUCUCGGUGAACUCGAACUCGCCAGCGUCGCUAUCGCCAGCUCUUUUACUAUCGUCACUGGCUUCAGUCUUCUUUUUGGGAUGGCUGGUGCUUUGGAAACUUUGUGUGGGCAAGCAUAUGGGGCAGAGCAGUACCAGAAGGUGGGGAUAUACACUUACUGUGCAAUAUUCUCUCUUACUUUGGUUUGUCUGCCUGUCUCUGUCCUCUGGAUAUUCAUGGACAAACUAUUAACACUGCUAGGCCAAGAUGCUUCAAUCUCACUUGAAGCUGGCAAAUACUCAAUUUACCUCAUCCCUGCACUAUUUGGGUAUGCUAUUCUCCAAUCACUGGUUCGGUACUUCCAAUCUCAAGGCUUGAUCCUUCCAAUGCUCUUUAGCUCAUGUGCAACUCUAUGUUUCCAUGUUCCUCUUUGUUGGGCUUUGUUAAUUAAGUUUGAAUUAGGAAUAACUGGAGCAUCUUUGACUAUUGCUUUAUCAUAUUGGUUGAAUGCAAUCAUGCUCGGACUCUAUAUAAAGUAUUCCUCAGCCUGUGAGAAAACCUGGGUCUCCUUUUCAAAGGAUGUUUUCCUAAGCAUGAGGGAGUUCUUUCGCCUUGCUAUCCCCUCUGCUUUGAUGGCUUGUCUUGAAUGGUGGUCAUUUGAGCUGCUUAUACUACUCUCUGGGCUUCUGCCAAAUCCGAAGCUUGAAACCUCUGUUCUUUCUAUAUGCCUUACCACGAUGUCAUUGCACUACUUCAUUCCAUAUAGCGCUGGUGCCGCUGCAAGCACUCGGAUUUCAAAUGAAUUAGGAGCUGGGAAUCCAUCUGCAGCACGGCUGUCUGUAAAUGCUGUGAUGUUUCUAGCAGUCAUAGAGGUAGUCAUUGUGAGCACAACUCUUUUUUGCUGCCGUUCUUUCUGGGGAUAUGCUUACAGCAAUGAAAAGGAAGUUGUGGAUUAUAUCAAAGAAAUGACUCCUCUGCUUUGUGUCUCGGUUAUCAUGGAUACCUCACAAGCUGUGCUUUCUGGGGUUGCUAGAGGAAGCGGGUGGCAACAUAUAGGCGCUUUUGUGAAUCUUGGGGCAUAUUACUUGGUUGGGAUACCGGUGGCUGUUGUAUUGUGUUUUGUUCUACAUUUGAGAGGGAAGGGCCUCUGGAUUGGAAUAUUGAUUGGUUCUACUGUACAAGCAAUAUUGCUUGCUCUGGUAACAGCAUUCACAAAUUGGCAAAAACAGGCUGCCAAGGCGAGGGAGAGGGUAUUUAAGGGAACAAUAUCUGCAGAGAAUUGUUUGGAUUGAAUGAUUCAAUGCCAUAAUAGCAGAUCCCCUAAGCAAACCGGACUAUUUUAAUGUGUCAAAUUUUUUUAGUAAUAAUGCAACAUGUAAAAUGAAUGAUUGAAAUGUAAUUCAGUUUCUACUUUGUACAUAAUAAAUUAGUGAAGUUUAUUAGGAGUUAAUCAUGGGAAUAUCAGUGUCCCCUAAUAGAAUAAAAAUAUAAUAUGUAGCAUUGUUACGUCAACCCGAGACGAAAAUAUAGUAUAUAACAUUUCUAUAUCAGCUCAAGGUGGGAUGGGGGUGUUAUAGGUGGCAUUAUUAAGAGUUGUGAAUGCAAGGCAUUUAAUUCGCUGAACACUUCAAAAUUUGUGAAUGCAGCAAGAACAUUAUUUUGCAGGGUUGACUUCCUUUCUUAUGGGAAUUAGGAUCCUCUCCAGUUCAUUUAAACUGGAUAAUAUUUGGUUAGUUAUAUUAGAAAGGUAUUUUUGUUCCCUCAAAAAGUGAAAAGACAAAAAUACUCCUCUAAUAUAACCUGAUCCUUCCAAUGCUUGUAAGCUCUUGUGCAAUUCUUUGUUUGCAUAUACCUCUCAGUUGGGCUAUGCCGCUAUGGUAUGUAAGUUUGAAUUAGGAACUAUGGGCACAGCAUUAGCCAUUGGCAUAUCAUAUUGGUCAAACGUUAUCUUGCUUUGGUUUUAUAUGAGAUACUCAUCAGCCUGUGAGAUAACCCGUGUCCGGUUUUCCAUGGAUACUUUCCUGAGCAUUAGGCAGUUCUUCCUUCUUGCCAUCUCUUCUGCUACAAUGGUUUGUUUUGAAUGAAUUGGGAGCGGGAAAUCCACCGGCAGCCCAAGUGGCUGUUGGGGUUGUUACAGUCCUUGCAGUUGCAGAGGCAGCUGUAGUAAGCAGUGCUCUCUACUGCAGCCACCAUGUCUUGGGAUAUGCUUACUGCAAUGAGAAGGAAGUUGUGGCCUAUGUUGCAAAAAUGGUUCCCCUGCUUUGUCUCUCAGUCAGCGUGGACAGCUUAUUAGGAGUACUCUCAGGGGUUGCAAGAGGCAGUGGAUGGCAGCAAAUGGGAGCAUAUUAUCUAGUGGGAAUUCCAGUAGCUGUUCUUUUGAGUUUUGUUCUGCAUUUAAGAGGAAGGGGGCUUUGGAUUGGAAUAUUGACAGGAUCCAGUGUGCAAGCAAUUAUACUCUCUAUUUUAACAGCAUCUACUAAUUGGCACAAGCAGGCAACCAGGGCAAGAGAGAGAACAUUUGAUAUUUUGAUGGGCAACUUUUAGCUCAUAAUGGAUUGGCAUAAAGAACUGAUACAAUUCCAAGGCUGCAAUCCUGUCUCAAUUAGAUAGGUAAGGUGGCUAAAUUAGAAGACUGAAAAUUAUUGGCUUGGAGCAAAAGACUUGCUAUACAACUAUCUAUGUUUAUGUUUAUAUGGUAUAUCUUAUCUAGUAAUAAGUUGUGUUUUAUUUUGAUUUGAAUUCUUAUUUAUAUUGUAUUUUAUGCGGACCAUUUUAUCGAUAUAAUUGACUGCAUGAUAUUGGCCACAGACAAAGAUGGAUUGGGAUUUCCAACAAUUUAUGCAGCAAUUAUAAGAGAGUUUAUAUGAGAUUCAUUCAUUAGCUUAGAAAUGACUUAGCAGAGAUUUAUUCAUUCAUCAGAGACUUAGCAACCCAACUGAUCAAAAUUUUAGCAAUUUUGGUGACAGAUUGUUAGACAUCGAUGAUAAGAAUAAUCAUUCCCUCUUUAUCCUCCUAUGGGUAUACAAAUUACAAAAAAUAUGACAAGCUAUAUAUGAAGUGUAUCAAACAAAAAACAAGACUAUAAAGCCUCUUAUAUUCAUAUAUAUCACUGCUGUAAUAGGUAGCGAAAAUUACACACCUUGCACAAAUAAAGACAGGAAAAGAGCUAGCAUCUUAUUUUCCCUUCUCAAAAUAAAACAAGCAAAUUAAAGAACCUUAUAAGCUUAUGCAUCCUUUCCCUUCUGCAGCAGCCUUCUAGAAUUGAAGUGCAUGCUAGUAAGGCGGAGGAUGGCGAUGCCAGGGUGGAGGAGGACGAUAGGGGUCUAGAAACGGUGGUGGAGGGGGACCAGGAGGUGGUCCAUAACCAUAAGGUGGCGGGGGUGGUCCUGGUGGAUGAUGAUGGUGGUGGUGAUGAUGAGGUGGUGGCGGUGGCGGAUGAUAGAAUUCAGGACGUGGCGGAGGUGGUGGCGGACCAUACAUAUGUGGCGGGGGUGGUGGAG